GCUGCUAUCCACACUGUCCAAAAAAUAAGCCUUAUUUUGAUGAAGAAACCAUGACCUGUGUUUCUAAUUGUGGUUGUUAUGAAAAUGGGAAAAAUUACAAACCAGGAAUGGAGAUGCCUCCAAGGCAGAAUUGUGAAUCAUGUGAAUGCACAAUUCAUGGCAAGGAAUGCAGAUAUGAUGAACGUGAAUGUGUCUGCUUCUAUGAGGGACAGAAGUAUAACUACAAAGAUGUGGUUUACAACACUACAGAUGGAACAGGAGGGUGUAUUGUUGCAAUCUGUGGUGCCAAUGGAACACUUGAAAGGGUUAUCUAUGAAUGUCAAACCUCAACACCCACAACUGCAACAACAUUUCAUUUCAGCACUACACCACCUGCCAGUACUUCCACAGUGUCACCAACUACAUCAGUAUGUGUUCAUGAGGUCUGUGAGUGGUCAGAAUGGUAUGAUGGCAGUCUGCAAACGCCUGGCUAUGACGGUGGAGAUUUUGAGACCUUCAAUAACUUAAGAGCUAAAGGCUAUGAAGUCUGUAAAGCUCCACGGGAUGUUCAAUGCAGAGCAGAAAAAUUCCCUGAUAUACCACUGAAAGACCUUGGCCAAAAAGUAGAAUGCAGUACAACAGUUGGGCUUAUAUGUUACAACAAAGACCAAAUUUCAACAAUGUGCAACAAUUAUGAGAUCAGAGUCCUGUGCUGUGUUUUUGUACCAUGCUCUACUUCAACAUAUCCAAUUUCUACAACUUCUGAAAGUACAACAUCAAUACAUUCAACAUCUGAAGAAACAACAACAACCACCAUAAUGACACCACCUGCCACCACCUUUCCUUCAACACCACCUCUUUGCUUUAAAGAAAAAUGUUACUGGUCCAGAUGGUAUGAUGUCAGUUAUCCAGGGUCUGGUUACGAUGAUGGAGAUUUUGACACCAUUCAGAACAUUAGAAAAAAGGGAUACAAAGUCUGUGCUAACAGAAGAGAAGUGGAAUGCAGAGCUGUGAGGUUCCCUGAAACACCAUAUCCUCUCCUGGAGCAAAAGAUAUUGUGCAAUACAGAAGAAGGCUUAAAAUGUUACAAUAAAGACCAAUUGCCACCCAUUUGCUAUAAUUAUGAGCUAAGAUUUAAAUGCUGUGAAAAUAUAACAGUACCAUGCACAACAACGACGGAAGGUAUUACUAUUACAAAAACAACAUUUUGGUCACCAGUAUUCAGUACAACAUCCAAAGAAAUAACAACAACACCGCACUUAAUAACAAAACACAAGACGACAACGCAAGAGACGACUCCACCACAAACAGACUAUAUUCAUACAAGAAUUACAACAAAACCAACAACACAAACGCAAAAACCAACACCUACUAUGCCUACCAUAACAACCAAACCGAUGACAUCGACAACAACCCCCUGUGAACCCGAAGUGUGCACCUGGAGCGAAUGGUUUGACGUCGACUUCCCCUCCGCCGGGCCCAACCAGGGAGACUUUGAAACCUACCAGCACAUCCAGGCCGCUGGGAAGCGCAUCUGCCGGCGGCCAAAGGAGAUCGAGUGCCGGGCCGAGGACUACCCCGACGUUCCCGUCCAACAGGUCGGGCAGGUCGUGCAGUGCGACGUCCACUAUGGACUGGUGUGCAAGAACGAGGACCAGACUGGAAAAUUCAAGAUGUGCCUCAACUACAGGAUACGCGUCCUCUGCUGCACCCCCAACUACAACUGCGUAAGCCCCUCCACCAGGCCUACCACCACUUUUACCAGAAGUGAAACUUUCCUGACGAGCUCUCCAUCUCCGUUCUCAACAACUCCAUGUUUCUGCAAGAUUGGUGAUUCCAUUUUUUCACCCGGUGAUUUGAUUUAUGACAGAAUGGAUAGUGAUGGAUGUAGAUUUUAUGCCAUCUGUAGCCCAACAUGUACUAUUGAACGACACUCUGUCCCUUGUCAUGUCACUACUCCUGUAGCCACUACUUCCUCUGAGUGGUCUACCACAACAUCAUCAGUUCCUCUGCCAACCACUACAAAAACUCCCCAUGGCUGUGUUUCUACUACAUACCCUCCCCUAAAGCCUGGAGAAAGUUUCAAAUUAUCCAACUGUACAGAAGUCAUCUGUAAAGGAGACAAUGAUAUAGACGUAGUACCAACAUAUUGCCCGCCUGUAAAGGAAAUUACCUGUGCAAACAAAUAUCCUGCAGUCCUAGUACCUGAUGAAAAUGGCUGCUGUUAUCGAUACGAGUGUCAAUGUGUGUGUAGUGGAUGGGGUGAUCCUCAUUACAUCACAUUCGAUGGAAUCUAUUAUACUUUCCUUGAAAACUGCACUUACGUCCUGGUGAAACAGAUUGUCCCUAAAUAUGACAACUUCCGUGUUUACAUUGACAAUUAUUACUGCGAUGCAAAAGAUGGACUCUCCUGCCCUAAAUCCAUUAUUAUCUUCUACAAAUCUGCAGAAGUGGUGUUGACUCGGAAACUCAUGAAUGGUGUGAUGACCAAUGUGAUGUACUUCAACCAGAAGAUUGUCAAACCAGGCUUCGAGAAAGAUGGCAUUUCUUUCUCCACUCUUGGCAUCAAUAUGAUUGUUGAAAUAAAAGAGAUUGGUGCAACUAUCACCUUUAGUGGUCUAAUCUUCUCUGUGAAACUCCCAUAUAGCAAAUUUGGCAACAACACCGAAGGACAGUGUGGAACAUGUACAAAUGACAAAGCAGAUGAAUGCCGCUUACCAAGUGGUAAGAUCAUUUCUUCCUGUCCCCAAAUGGCUCAUCACUGGAUUGUUGACGACAACAAGACAUGUCAUGGAGUACCAAUACCACCAGUUAUAACCACACCUUCACCAAAGCCUCAGUGUGAAACACCUCAUCUCUGCAAGCUUAUCCUGAGCGAGAUUUUUGCAGAAUGUCAUACUGUGAUACCACCAGAACCAUUUUUCAAAGGCUGUGUUUUUGAUGGAUGUCGCAUAGAUGAUGAAUCCAUGCAGUGUUCCAGUUUGGAGAUAUAUGCUACAGAGUGUGCAUCUAGAGGUGUCUGCAUUGACUGGAGAGGAAAGACCAACAAUACAUGCUCAUUCAACUGUCCAGAAAGCUUGGUAU